UCCUACCACAGCAGGUAGCAUUCUGGCACCAGCAGAGGCUGUGUUCACUCUCACAGGUACAAAGGACAUUGAGCGCUGACAUCCUCCAGGCCUCUUGGAGCCCAGCCCACAACAUGACCAGCAAGGAGCUUGUGGAGCUGGGGGAGCUGCCAGCCCCCACAGCCCAGGGCUAUAGCAACACUGGCUUCCAGAAUGAAGAUGACUUUCAUGAAAACCAGAAUUCAUCAGGAAACAACAACUCACUGAGGAGCAGAGCCGCGCAAAGCAGAGAGCACAUAAACGCUGCACAGCUCGAAGAACAAGUUGUCAUUGAGCAGGAUUCUCCGGAAUACAAAGAAGACGUGGAAAAUGACUCAGAAACCCAUCAAGAAGGGUACCUGGCAAGAAAAUAUGGUGCUGUUUGCGAUUUUUGUAGGAGACACAAAACCACCCUUCGUUACAUCCUCUGGGGAGUUUUGUUAAUAGGUUACCUGGCUAUUGUGAUUGCCGCUUGUGUGCUCAACUUCCAGAGAGCCCUCCCUCUUUUUGUGAUCACUGUGGCUAUCGUCUUCUUUGUGGCCUGGGAUUUUUUUAUGGCCAAAUAUGAACAUCGAGUCAUUGAGUUCCUGUCCCCUGGCAGAAGGCUGCUGAACAGACAUUGGUUCUGGCUGAAGUGGGUGAUUUGGAGUUCACUGGUCCUGGGGUCUUUAUUCUGGCUGAUCUUUGACACUGCCGCACUGGGAAGCCAGCAACUGAUCUCAUUUGGUGGACUCAUCAUGUACAUGACACUAUUAUUUCUGUUUUCCAAGUAUCCGACCAAAGUUUACUGGAGGCCUGUCUUUUGGGGUAUUGGGCUACAGUUUCUUUUUGGACUCUUAAUCCUAAGGACUGAACCUGGAUUUUUAGCUUUUGAAUGGUUGGGCAAACAAGUUCAGACAUUCCUGGAGUUCACUAAUGCUGGUGCUUCGUUUGUCUUUGGUGAGAAAUACACAGACCACUUCUUUGCAUUUAAGGUGCUGCCCAUUGUGGUUUUCUUCAGUACAGUCAUGUCCAUGCUCUACUACCUGGGGCUGAUGCAGUGGGUCAUCAGAAAGGUUGGCUGGGUCAUGCUAGUUACUAUGGGAUCAUCUCCAAUCGAAUCUGUAGUUGCUGCUGGUAAUAUAUUCAUUGGACAGACAGAAUCUCCACUGCUCGUGCGGCCGUAUUUACCAUACGUCACCAAGUCUGAACUCCAUGCAAUCAUGACUGCAGGCUUCGCUACCAUUGCUGGAAGUGUCCUAGGUGCAUACAUUUCCUUUGGGGUCUCAUCCUCCCACUUGCUAACUGCUUCAGUUAUGUCAGCACCUGCAGCACUGGCUGUUGCUAAACUCUUUUGGCCCGAGACCGAAACACCUAAAAUAACCCUCAAGAAUGCCAUGAAGAUGGAAAAUGGUGAUUCCAGGAACCUCCUAGAAGCUGCAUCUCAGGGUGCAUCCUCAUCCAUCUCCCUGGUGGCAAACAUCGCUGCCAAUCUGAUUGCUUUCCUGGCCCUGUUGUCGUUUGUGAAUUCAGCCCUGUCCUGGUUUGGAAACAUGUUUGACUACCCACAACUGAGUUUUGAGAUAAUAUGCUCCUACAUCUUCAUGCCCUUUUCCUUCAUGAUGGGAGUGGACUGGCAAGACAGCUUUAUGAUCGCCAAACUCAUAGGUUACAAGACGUUCUUCAAUGAAUUUGUGGCCUACGAGCACCUCUCAAAAUUGAUCAAUUUAAGGAAAAAGGCUGGACCCAAAUUUGUGGAUGGUGUGCAACAGUAUAUGUCAAUUCGUUCUGAGAUAAUUGCCACAUAUGCGCUCUGUGGUUUUGCCAAUUUCGGUUCCUUGGGAAUAGUGAUUGGAGGACUCACUUCCAUGGCUCCUUCCAGAAAGCGUGACAUUGCCUCUGGGGCCAUGCGAGCUCUAAUCUCAGGGACCAUCGCCUGCUUCAUGACGGCCUGCAUUGCAGGCAUGCUUUCCAGCACUCCCAAAGAUGUCAACUGUUAUUACAUUUUAGAGAAUGCCUUCAACACCAGUUUACCUGCAGACAAAAGCAUUAUUGUGUCUUGUUGCCAAACUCUAUUGAGCAGCACUAUUGUCAAGGGUCCCAAUGAGAUCAUCCCUGGAGGAAACUUCAGCCUGCAUUCUUUGAAGAGUUGCUGUACAUUGCUGAAUCCGUCAACACUGAAUUGUAGUUGGAUCCCUAAUGUAUUUUGAAGUCAACUACUUCUCCAACAAAACUCUUUAUGUACAUAUACUGAACCUUCUCCUUCGGGGAUAAAACCAAAGUUCUUCUCCACAGUUGAAUACUUCCAUCAUGGAAUCAGCUUUAAUUAGAAAGAAGAAAAAUAGAAGUGAAUUCUUCACAUCAUGUUAGAUCUGCCUCUGAGCCCAUUCCAACUCCCCACCCCUUUGAAAAUGACAACAAUGUCCAAUAAUAUGAUAUUUCCAGUCCUAAAAAUGUUUUCUAACCUUAGACCUUCAAUGCUUAGACCUUUUGAUGCUUAAUCAGAAUACAGAUAAUGAUGACCCUCAUUGGUAAUGGCCAUCGCUCAAUCCUAGCCAUAAUAGGAUGGAUCUCUAAGUGGUCCAGAGGGGUUGGGUUUAACAACAUCUCAGGUGAAGACACUCUGUAUUCAACCUAAUUGAUCAAGUAGGCUGCACUUGAUUCUCAAAUGAAAGAGAGUCAAGUCAGUCGUGACGGCCUGCAGAAAUCAGAACACUUCAACCAUUCCAAAGCCAGACUUUAAAUUGCAUGUUUAGACAGUUAUUGCAGCCAGGUAAAGCUAAGCUAAACUACACUGCAGUGGCCAAUAACCAAAAAAAACUUCUGAUGGCUUGCAAGUUUGUGUUUUACUCACACUGUGUGUUCUUGGAGAUUAUUUUUGGCCACACUCUGAGUUGUCCCAACAGAGUAGUCCCUGUGUGGGUCUUAUGGGAGAGGAAAAAGAAAAGUGAGGGACACAUGAUGGUGCUUAAAACUCCCACUAGAAAUUGACACCCUUCUCUUCCACUACAUUUCAUGAUCCAAAGCAAGGCAUGUGACAUAAAUGACACCAGUGAACCAUGGAUGAUAUAUCUUGUCACAGGGAAAGACCAUGAAUAUUUUCAAGAUAUUGUAUGAGUAACCACAAUAUGCAUGAUAUCCAUGUCUCCCUUUAAGGAGUCAACCUUCUAUAAAGUGUAACAGCAAGCCUAUUCAUAUACACAUUUGCUUAUGUUAUUUGUGACAAGGUAAAAUGUGCCACUCUUCAAUCAAAGGGUCAUAUUAAGGACUAUUGAAGAAGCAUAAGAAGUCUUCCCUGAGGACCAAAAGGCUUCCGUUGAUAUUUCUCUUUAUUGACCAGGAAAACAUCAUUAUCAGACUUGCUUAAUGAGUAUCAAGUAAGAACCUUAACUGAUUCUUAGACUGACUGUGUCUCAGAAGAAUAUUCCAGAGACAGUGGUGGAAUGCUCUUAACGUGAGAUACACCUCACUAGUAAUUUCUAAGGAUCACAUUGUGUGAGAAAAGACAAAUAAUAAUGACUUCAUCAAAAAGUGAUUCACGUGAAAAAAAAUUGUGGGUAAAUUAAGUAAUUUAUUUUUAUUGUGUUUUCCUUUUGUUCAUUCAUAAGAGUAAUUCUUUAAAUCCAUAUAUUUUGAUAUUUUGUAUGUAGUAGUGGUAGUAAGAGGGAAGUCAAAAGGCUAACUCUGAAGUAUAAUGUACUUGGAUAUUUCUAAUUAUUGAUAAUUUAUAUAAAAAUUUUAUUGGAA